AUGUCGCACUCCUUAGCAGGCCGACAAUGUCUACGACACAUCCGACAACGCGGCAACCUCGCAGCGAAUAGUUAUAUCCAAACGUCCUUCCAAGCUCGACCCAAUGCUACUUCCGCUAUAGAACCCUCCACAGAACGGCCGUUUCGAAUUCGCAAAAUAAAAAGAUUAGUCGAGCCAGGAUCGAGAAAUGCGCCAACGCCUAUCGGAGCACCCAUAAAUGCCGAAACAAGCCGGAAACGAACAGAGUUCACCUCGAAAAACAUCGACACAUGGUCCCCUAAGAAUGGAGGAGAGAGGAAGAAGAAAUACGAAUUCACAUCAGGAAAUGCCGACACCUGGAUUUCUGAGCUCGUAAAAGAGAGGAAGAGAAGAUACCUGGAAUAUGGGUACCUCCGCCAUCGCAUGACCAAGAAGGAGUUGAAAGACUUUGAGAAUUGGAAAAACGACUGCAAAAGACUGUACGGAUUCGCAUCUUUCGGCGAAGGCUACAAAGUCCCAAAAGUCCUCAGCUGGAUCCAAGACCGUCAAGCCGUUGAAGACGCGAUCGAGCAAUGGCCGACAUGGACUGAGGAGCAGAAGAAGACAAAGUGGCGAAAGCUCAUGUUCUCUGCUUUAUGGUCUUGUCCUGAUCGGGCUACAGCCAUACUCGAAAUUACCACCCGCGAUAUCAAGCCGCCGGGUUACGCCAUCAGUGAUGCUAUUCACUUCCUCGCAAAGUGGCAAAGUCAACUAUCCAAGCCUGAGUUUACUGAGCAGAGAACACAUCUUUGUAACGUGGUCGUGACGGUCUUUGAACGUCUGCCUGCGGCUUAUAUCCCCCUGAGGCAAAACACCAUCUACAUGCUGACGCAUGAGGUAGAAUUGCCCACCUUGAUUGCCCUUUACGAUUGUUGGAGGGAAAAGGACGUCCGACUCCACAGCAACACUCUCCAAAACAUGGCCAGACGGCUUGCAGUCAGCCCCUUACAUAAGAACCUAGCUCUCCAGAUGGCCAUCGAUUCUAUCCCAGACCAAGGUGUUGAUCUCGACUCAGGCCUAUGGGCAUCUUUGUGUACCUCAAUCUUGAGUCUCAAGCGUGGCCAAAUCAAGGUUGACGACGGGUUUUCAGCUGCGGACGCAUUUGUUACCCUUAUAGAGCAUGGCUUUGCUCCCAACAUGGUGCACUACACGGCAGUGAUCAGGUCGCUGUGCCUGACAGAUCAGAAUGAAGUUGCAGAGGAGGUGUUCCGGGUUAUGCAGCGGCACAACUUUGAACCAGACAUGAUCAUGUGGUCUACUCUGUUAGACGGAGGAAAGCGAGCUCUUUCGCCGUCGAGUAUCGAAUCUGCCGUCAUAGGAGCUGUCGAGGGCAAUGAGAUUGACGUUCCCUUCUUCAACGACCUACUGAUGUGCCUGCUUCACUUCUGCAAGUGGACGCCCGGUGUCAUGCCGGCCUUUGGGCCAAUGUUACACUUCUACUCAAAGGUGUUCCAUUUGGCACCAUUGCAGGCUCUCCUUCCGGUGGACCUGUCAAUGUACCUCGAGGGCCAAGAAGGCCUGCAGAUGCCAGCGGAUUGGGAGUUGGCGCGACAACUAUUUCCUGCACUUGACAGAGCCAUGUCCACCGUCCAUGAGAAGAUGGAACCGACGAGUGCAACCCUGAGCAUCAUGUUCCUCGCAUACGUGAGGAGCAUGUCACAGCCCAUCAACCUCAUUUCACUAUACGCGUACCUCAGACAGGAGAUUUUGAAGGGCAGCCCCGGCGCCACCAAGCUGGUGCAGGAGAAGGGGUCAUUCAUGUACGAUGUCCUUAUCAAGGCGCUCUGCAAGCACCCAGGCAUGCUUCGUGCCGCGUUGGAUAUCGUCGGCGACAUGCUCAAGUACACGCUUGAAGAGCGGAGCAGAGCAGCCGACGCAGCGAAGCAGUCCUCGAAGGGGAGAAGUGGCAGCAGGAGGACUGAGGUUAAGGAGACCGAGAUUCAACAGACUGGGGCUCAAGAUAGACAAGCACAGGAGAGCAAAGUCCCGCAGAGCGAGAUCAAGGAGACCGAGGUUGCUCCCGCGCCGCUGCACCCUGCUCCAAGCGUCUUCACCUGGAGCAUCCUCCUGCACGGCUUCAGUAAGGAAAAGGGCUCCGGGGAGCGGAUCCUCGCGCAAAUGCGCCAGCACGGCGUCGAGCCGAACCUGGUCACCUGGAACACCCUGAUCGCGGGCUACGCCAGGGCUCAGGACGUCAAUAAGACGGUGCUGUCCCUCCAGCGCCUCGAGGCCUCGGGUCACGAGGCGGACGACUUUACGCUGCGGGCCUUUUCUCGGCUGGUCAACAGGGAGCUCGCGCUGAGGAAGAUGGAGGACGCUCUCACGCGGAGGGCGACGCGGGACGAGAUGAAGAGGCUUGAGGAGCAGAGGAUGGCCGAGCUGCCGCUUGGUCCUGAGGCGAAGGGGAGGCUGAGUGUGCUGUGA